UUUGCGGAAUUUAUACAAGUUUAAAUCAACGUUUCAUAAAGUAGCGAGGAUGAUCGAGCAGAAAAAGAGAGCGGCCGACAUGGCUGUGGUCGCCACCGGUGUGAAGCGGCCCCGCACGGAGCUGAUCGCUGCGGCUCAGUCGCAACAACUCGUGGCCAUGGGUCCACCGCGGAGUUCCAGCCUCCAGGCUCCCAUCAUGUUGAUGUCUGGUCAUGAAGGAGAGGUCUACUGUUGCAAGUUUCACCCCAACGGAGCCACACUGGCCUCCUCGGGAUUUGACAGACUCAUAUUGAUGUGGAACGUGUAUGGAGACUGCGAUAACUUUGCUACUCUUAAGGGGCACAGUGGUGCAGUGAUGGAGCUGCAUUACAACACAGAUGGCAGCACGCUGUUCUCAGCCAGCACGGACAAGACGGUGGGCGUGUGGGACAGUGAGACAGGGGAGAGGCUGAAACGCCUGAAGGGCCACAGCUCCUUCGUCAACUCCUGCUACCCAGCCCGCCGCGGCCCCCAGCUGGUCUGCACCGGCAGUGACGACGGCACCGUCAAGUUAUGGGACAUACGUAAAAAGGGGGCGGUCCACACCUUCCAGAACACCUACCAGGUGCUGGCGGUCACCUUCAACGACACCAGUGAUCAGAUCCUGUCUGGAGGCAUCGACAACGACAUCAAGGUGUGGGACCUCAGGCAGAACAAGCUCAUCUACAGCAUGCACGGUCACAGUGACUCCAUCACGGGCCUCAGCCUCAGUUCAGAGGGCUCGUACCUGCUCUCCAACUCCAUGGAUAACACAGUGCGCAUCUGGGAUGUCAGGCCCUUCGCUCCCAAGGAGAGGUGUGUGAAGAUCUUCCAGGGGAAUGUCCACAACUUUGAGAAGAACCUGCUGAGGUGCGCCUGGUCUACAGACGGCAGCAAGAUAGCAGCUGGCUCGGCCGACAGGUUUGUGUACGUCUGGGACACCACCUCCCGCAGGAUCCUGUACAAGCUGCCCGGACACGCUGGCUCCGUCAACGAGGUGGCCUUCCACCCGGAGGAACCUAUAGUGCUUUCUGGUGCCAGUGAUAAGCGGCUAUACAUGGGAGAAAUUCAAUAGUGUUUGUGUGUUUUGUGUGUGUGUGUGUGUGUGUGUGUCUGUAUGGGGAUAUGAGCGGGAAUCCUCUUCUGGAAUCGGGUAGCAGACAUUCCAGAGUCUAGUAACAACCUCAGGACAUGGAUUUCAACUUUUUUUAUGUUCAGUCCAACAGCUUGGAUAUGUUUUUGCUUUUACUUUUUAAUAAACUCACUCUUUAAAAGUG